UCAAAAGCUCGAGAGGGAGGAACGACAGAAGCCUCCUUCUUCUUCUGCUUCUUCUUGUUCUCGUACCCUUCCUUCCAUUUCGAUUUCUCUCUCUACAUCUCAGCAAACAUUCUCUCUCUAUCUCUUCUCUCUCUCUCUCUGCCUAUACGUACGUAUUCACAUGUGUAUAUGAGUGUACAGAUCGAUUUUUCUUUGAUUCAGCUCAAUCCGCGACUGUUCUCGACCAACAUUAGUCUGAUUUCAACAUAAAUCUUAGCUCUGGAAUGACAGAGUUUGAGAUUUUGAAUUAUGUUUUGAGCGGUACUCGAUUCGAAAGGCUUUGAAUUUGAGGAGAUUCGUGGAAUUUUUGCGAUUAUUGGACAGAAAUCAGUGAAUUUAAUUAAGAAUUGUUUUUUUGGAGAUUUAUUUUGAAUUUGAAGUUGAUGGAGAAAGGUGAGCGAGGGGAUUUCCCUCCAAAAAAGGCUCAAUCGGAGACGCCGGUGAAGAAGCUCGCGAGGCAGCUGGAUUUCACGGGGUUUGGAGCUGCAUCGGCGGCCGUGGUGUUGCCUGAGCACCCUCAGCAGCCGGCGGCUCAGCCCCUGCUGCGGCGGACGGUUAAGCAGAUGCAGCCGCCACCACCACAGCCACAGGCGCAGCAGCAACAGCUACUGUUGAUGCCUGCGCAAUCUCAGUCCCCUCUUCCUUCGAUACGCCCUGUAAAAUCAGAAUCUCCUAGAACGCGGGCAAGAACAAAUGUUGAAGUAAAAGACGGUACUCCAAAGAAGCAAAAACAGUGCAACUGCAAACACUCGAAAUGCUUAAAGUUGUAUUGUGAGUGCUUUGCAUCUGGGAUACACUGCAAUGGGUGCAACUGUGUAAAUUGUCACAAUAAUGUUGAAAAUGAGGCUGCCAGGCGAGAAGCUGUUGAAGCUACCUUGGAGCGUAAUCCAAAUGCCUUCAGGCCAAAAAUUGCUAGCAGUCCGCAUGGAAAUCGGGAAAUUAAGGAGGAGGAAGUUUUGGUGUUGGCAAAGCACAACAAGGGAUGCCAUUGCAAGAAAUCAGGGUGCCUCAAAAAGUACUGUGAGUGCUUCCAGGCCAAUAUUCUCUGCUCUGAAAAUUGUAAAUGCAUGGACUGCAAAAAUUUUGAAGGUAGUGAAGAGAGGAAAGCUCUCUUCCAUGGAGACCAUGCAAACAACAUGGCAUGUAUUCAGCAGGCAGCUAAUGCUGCCAUCACUGGUGCUAUUGGUUCCUCGGGCUAUGGAUCCCCUCCACUAUCCAAGAAAAGAAAAGGUCAAGAGCUUUUUUUUGGGUCAACAGCCAAAGAUCCGUCCAUUCACAGGCUUGGACAAUAUCCGCAGGCAAACCACAUAAAAGCUUCUGGUCACUCCCCUUUCUUGUCUUCCAUUCCGGCUACGCGUGCCAGUAACAGUGCAACAUUGGGCCCUUCAAAAUUUACAUAUAGGUCACUCUUAGCAGACAUCAUCCAACCGCAGGACUUGAAGGAGCUUUGUUCAGUUUUGGUGGUGUUUUCAGCAGAAGCUGCUAAGACUCUAGCAGACCAAAAAAAUGCAAUGGAGAGGCAGCCAGAAGAUCGGAUGGAAAGUUCUCUUGCUUCAUCUUCAUCAGACCGGUUACGAAGCCAGAAAGAAUCUGAAGUUGAAAAAGCAGUAGCUGAUGAUUGCUCAAGUGCAAACCAAGCUGAGAAGACUAGCCCCAAUGAGUCCAGUUCAGAUGGAGUGGAUGUAUCAAAAGGAAGGCCAAUGUCUCCUGGAACCCUAGCAUUGAUGUGUGAUGAACAGGAUACAAUGUUCAUGGCUGCUGCUUCCCCUAAGGGGUUAAUGGGCCAUGGCUAUAACACAUCCUCACAGUUGCCUCAUGGGCAAGGAAAGACUGAAGUUUACGCAGAGCAAGAAAGGAUAGUUUUGACAAAGUUUCGAGAUUGUCUCAACAGGCUUAUCACUGUAGGAGAAAUAAAAGAUUACAAUCAUUUGGCGGCCAACUAUUCUUACGCUAACCGGGACGUUAUUAGAGCCGCAUUGAGACAUCCAAGUCGUUUUCGCCACGCUUUGCUGGGCUACGAGCCAACCUAUCAAUAUAACACACUGCGCAAAAACGAAGUAUCCAAUUUUCUACGUGAACUAUCCCUAGAAUCGGAUCCCAAUCUUCCAGAAGUCGUUUGGCCAAGCAAAGGGCUAUAAAAUCAGUAAUCACUGGGCUGAGCUCCUCUUCAGUGCAAGGCACACAAGGUGACGGCCAAACAAUUGCGCAUAACGCUGAUACGAUUUUGGGCUUGGCCUUGGCCUCAACAGUGGCACCCUCAACUUCAUCUCAGCCAAAAAAAAGGUCUAGGGUUGCGACUACCAGACAAACCCUUGUUGAUGAGGAUAUAGUUGAGCUCCUUCCGACCGAGCAACCGGAAGCCACUGAGCAAGCUGAAACUGGAGUAGCUGAUGACCCUUCUCAUUCCCUCCAGCAUGGACUCCCUCUUUGAAAUACAAAGGUCGUGCUGUCAAUGCUACACAGACAAGGAUAACUAGCUCGAUUUCAACUUGGCCAAGGCUCUGUGUUUGCCGACUGACAUGGAGAGGUAUCAGCAGCUGACUGACUUGAAGGCCAUUAGGUCAGCCACCAAGUCCAUAGUUUUGGUUAGCCCCUUUUCAUUCUAGCUUCAACUGUUUGCUCGGCUAUCUGAUUUCAUUUGUUAUUUUAGGCUGCACAGAAAAAUCAAGUCGCAUAUAAGUUUGUGUUGGAGUUGAGGAAAAGGCUCAGAGCAACCAUUGCUGACAAUGAAGAUAAGAAGACCAAGUUGGCAACUCUUAAGGCUUUUUUUGCAGAAAUUAUUACUGAGAGAGAUCAACUGGCCGAGAAGUUGCACAAGGUAGAUGCAGACAAGGCCAAGGCGGUGGAGGCCAAGAAACAAGAUAUUUAGCCGAGCUAAAAAAGCUCAGGGAUCAGCACAAAGUCGAGCUGAAGACUAAAAUUGAAGAGGCAGAAGACAAAGGCUCUGAGGACGAGGAGAAUACUUAUGGUUGUUAAGUGGAGGCGACCAAAGACAUCUUUCAGUGCGGUUGGAAGGUGGCGACUGCAAAACUUGGACUAGCCGAAGAUACUGAUAUCUUCUAGAAUCCUCCCUUUCACUUAAUUCCACCU